AUGGUGUGGUUCAAGCCUUGCGACGAAGCGACCGCGGCAAAGAAGUACGCCGCCCUAUACUAUGCUCCUGGACCAGUUGGACGCAGCAUGUCUAUGCAAGACGUGGCUGUUGCUGUCGGCUACGCGAUACUCGGCGCGUGGGAGGACUACUGUCGUACACGCGACGACGCAGCGGGUCUGACCUGGCAGAACAUGCGGCCCAUUCUCAUCACGACAGCGCCCGUCGAGUUGCAUAAGAUCAUGCACGAGAAGCGCAUCCAGGGUGUAGACCCACUCUGGGCGGUCAAACUGGCCGAGCGCCAGGCAAUGACGCUCGCUUCCGGUCGCUACGGCGGCGAUGGUGACGGAGGGUACGAGUACGCCAAAGCCAAGGGCGGACUCGCGCGCGUGUACAACUUUCAGGACAUCACGCCCUGGCGGCCUGAACCCGACUCCCCAUGA